CACUGCAUUCUAAUGAAUCCUCAAUGUUCUGACCGAAUCUUUUCAGUGAGAGCGAGGCUUCUGUAUCUUUUUAGAUCGAUUGUAAUUUAACACAUAAUGCGAUGACAUUUUGCACACGAAAACUGCAUUCAGCAUCAUAUGAAAAGAAAUCAAUGUCACCUCUGUCGCUGCUGUCACGCUCAUUCUUGACAACGAGGGUUACCACUGGGGUUCGGACAGAAAUAUCAAGCAACAGAUAAUCCGAAGGAUCAACAGUUUGAUUAAAGGUUACAAUACACAAUCCCACUGGAGCUCGUUCAAUAAGGUUAUCUGUGUCAUGCAGCAGAAAGUGUGCACACGCAACACAGUGCUGUUUGUGAAGAACGGGCAGGCGUGUGGAGCCGGAGCCCCUCCUCAACUUCCUUUCCGCUGCCCUCGAUGUGGAGAGCAUGAACGAUUCCACAGUCUUUCUUCUCUCAGAGCUCACCUUGAAUACAGCCACCCGUUCCACACUAAACAUGACAUCAGCCUCCUAUCCACAAGGGAUCUCUCUAACACGGAGCGCAUGGAAAGUUGCAGACCCUCCAAUUUUGACAUGCAUAAAGUACAUGAUGCCGGCACGAAUACUAACUCCACUGCGAGAGGAGAGCACAAGCACUUAUUCGGCACUGACCAAACUCCAUUGCAGCAGCCCGCAGAGCAAAAGCUCACGCCCCCAGAGAGGAGCCUCAGCAUUGGGGAUGCGCCGGCCGGAGCCGGACCCCUCUCGGCUCCUGUGGCGUCAGUGGAGAAGAGGCUGGAGGGGAUGAUGAGGACAGCCAAUAGCAGCAUGGAGCGACGUCUGCUGCGGCUGAGCUCAGAGCUGGCACAGACAGACACGGCUAUCCUGUGUGAGCGCGCUCACUGGCAUCACCUGGCCCAGGAGAAACAGGAAGUGCUGGAGCGAGAGCGGGCGCUCAGCCGACAGGUAGACGCCGCUGUUAUGGUGAUCGCCACACUGAGGCAGCAGCUCAGCAUCUCAGAGCACGAGUUGGAGAGGAGAGAACAGGAAGUUAUUACCAUCCAGAAGUUUCUGGAAGCAGCGGCGCAGCAUGAGAUGUGUGGGAAGGUUCGUUUGCGUCGGUUCAUUGAGAGCCUCUUGCGGAGGAUUUUCCUGGCCGAGAGACUCCUGGAAUAUUAUCAGAGCGCCCCCCACAGGCAUUAUUGCACGGCUCACUCUGUGCCUCUGCCAUCAGAGCCCGGUCCACAUAGAAUAACACAAAGCAGCUCUUCAGGAGACCAUCUUGAGCAGGAUGAAGAGCAGCAGUUACUUAGUCGGUCUGGAUGGGGACUGUCUAAAAGUUCUUCUGGAAGACUGGGUUACGACAGCUGGUCCCAGCAGAGGAGGUCAGAUGGGUACGAGGUUUAGGGACCGAAGUGGAGCUUAGCAAUGAAUGUACAUGCAAAUAACACUAUUUCAGAUAUUACUGAAAUAUGUUGAAUAUAUUAAUAAUUAUA